AUGGAAAUAUAUCCUGAUCAUUUUUACGGCGGGGUUCCAGUCUUCAAACCGACGUGGGCUCAAUUCAAAGAUUUCAGGACUUUUGUCUCGGCGGUGAAAUCAUAUGGUUACGAGUCUGGAAUUAUCAAGAUAAUACCUCCAACAGAAUGGAGAGAAACCCUCCCAAAAGAUCUUUCCCCUCAAUUGAGUAAAAUCAUAAUUAAAAAUCCAUGCAAACAAAUUGUCCAACGUGAUACUACAGUGGGGUAUUAUGUCGUACGGAAUAUAGAGAGCGAACGAGACUUCACGGUCAAGGAAUGGGCCGACUUGUGCGAAAGACCAGAGCAUGCAACGCCAUUCCCGAAAUCAAAACAUUACACCAAUUCAUCGGUCUCCGAUUAUUUGCCCUUAAGAAAAAAGAAAAAACACGCCGGAAAGUCGAAUAAAAAAAAUAUAAUUGUCAAACGUAACCAACCUUCCAGUUUGUCGGCUCCAAAGAUCGCACCGAGAAAAAAUGAUACAGGUAUUACGCCAACUCCACCGGAGGCACCAAAAACUCGCAUUUCGGAAUCUACCAGCAAGGAAACCACCAAAAUCUUUCUUCCUGAUCGUUCACUACACGGACAACCUAGCAUUAAUGACUGUGACUCGCAUAAGGAUAACAAUCUGUCGUCGCAAGAAUGUUCUGAUGAAAGCGAAAUCGAAGAGGAAGAAGUUAUUCUCACGUCCGAACAGAUGGGCGUGAUAGCACCGGCGAAUAGACCUCCCUCAUUAUCUCCGGAAUCGGCGAGCGAUCCAAUGCUCAUGGAGAUUGAAGAAGCAUACGAAAAGUUCGACUAUCAUUCGGUCAAUCAACGACCAUAUGAUGAUGAUAAUUACAUAAGCGAGCUUGCUGCUAAUUAUUGGAAAACCAUAAUGUACAACCAUCCCUACUAUGGCGCAGACAUGGCAGGAACUCUAUUUACCAAAAGGACGUCGUCUUGGAACGUCAACAGUCUUGAUAACCUGUUGAAUACUAUCGAUCCGAUUCCUGGGGUGAAUGACGCAUACCUGUACUUUGGAAUGUGGAAAGCAUGUUUCCCUUGGCACGUCGAGGAUAAGGAUCUUUACUCUAUCAAUUACAUCCAUUUUGGGGCACCAAAGCACUGGUAUGCGAUAUCUCCUAAAAGGGCAGACCAAUUCGAAUCGCACAUGAGAGGUUGGUUCGGUAGCGAUUCCAAGAAUUGUUCCGAGUUUCUGCGCCACAAAGAGUUUCUGGCAUCACCCCGAGUGCUUGACCGAGCGCCCAUUCAAUUUAAUUAUACCAUUCAGCGGGAGGGUGAGUUUAUUAUUACCUUUCCACGGGGAUAUCACGCCGGAUUCAACUUGGGUUUCAACUGCGCCGAAAGCGUCAACUUUGCAUUUGAAGACUGGAUUCCUCACGGAAUUAACGCGAAAUCUUGCGACUGUCGUCAGGAUUCCGUUCGAAUUGAUGUCAAAGCUCUAUUCGGGCAUUUAUUGGAUCCCAAUUUUGUGGGACCGAGGGAAGGAAAGAAGGCAUCGAAAGUCAUUGCUGCCACAUCGACGUUAGAACCGUCGCCGGGUAAGACUGUUAAGCAAACGGGUCUUCGGAAAACGUUGACUGCCGUGUCACCGUCCUCCCAAAAGAAUAAGGUCAAAUUGUCACCGAAUUCUGCUGGAUCGUCGUCAAGUUCCACAAAAAUCGUUCUUAAUGCAAAAAAACGGAAGCAUAAGAUUAUCUCCAACAAAAUCA